CAGGGCUUCUCGAGCUACCAGCCCUUCGAGCCGCAGGCGCUGGGGCUGAGCCCGAGCUGGCGGCUGACGGGCUUCUCCGGCCUCAAGGGCUGAGGCUGCAAGGUCCCCCAGGAGACGCUGCUCAAACUCCUGGCGGGACUGACGCGGCCCGAAGACCGGGGCCUGGCCAGAGGCCAUGAAGAGGUGGCCCAGGAAGCCGGCCUGCAGGUCCUGGAGCCCAGCCCCAGCUUGCCGGCCCUGGGCAUCGGGAUGGACUCCUGCGUCAUCCCGCUGAGGCACGGAGGCCUGUCGCUGGUGCAGACCACGGACUUCUUCUACCCGUUGGUGGACGACCCCUACAUGAUGGGGCGCAUCGCCUGCGCCAACGUGCUGAGCGACCUCUACGCCAUGGGCAUCACCGAGUGCGACAACAUGCUCAUGCUCCUCAGCGUCAGCCAGAGCAUGACCGAGGAGGAGCGGGAGAAGGUCACCCCGCUCCUGGUCAGGGGCUUCCGGGACGCUGCCGAGGACGGCGGGACGGCGGUGACGGGCGGACAGACUGUGGUAAACCCUUGGGUCAUCGUGGGUGGGGUGGCCACGGUGGUGUGUCAGCCCAAUGAGUUCAUCAUGCCCGACAGUGCCGUGGUCGGGGACGUGCUGGUGUUAACCAAGCCCUUAGGAACCCAGGUGGCUGUCAAUGCCCACCAGUGGCUGGAUAACCCUGAAAGGUGGAAUAAGAUCAAGAUGGUGGUCUCCAGAGAAGAGGUGGAGCUGGCCUAUCGGGAAGCCAUGUUCAAUAUGGCCACCCUGAACAGAACUGCCGCUGGGUUGAUGCACACAUUUAAUGCCCAUGCAGCCACAGACAUCACAGGCUUUGGCAUUCUGGGGCACGCUCAGAAUCUUGCCAAACAACAAAGAAACGAGGUGUCCUUUGUCAUCCAUAACCUGCCCAUCAUUGCCAAGAUGGCCGCCAUCAGCAAGGCCAGUGGGCGCUUUGGGCUCCUUCAAGGAACCUCGGCAGAAACUUCUGGGGGGUUGCUGAUCUGUUUGCCAAGGGAACAGGCUGCUCGCUUUUGCUCAGAGAUAAAAUCUUCCAAGUACGGAGAGGGUCACCAAGCCUGGAUCGUUGGCAUUGUGGAAAAGGGGAACCGGACGGCCCGCAUCAUUGACAAGCCUCGAGUUAUUGAGGUCCUGCCUCGUGGGACCACUGCUACCGCUCUCGCUCCAGACCAUCCCAACGCCUCCUCUGAACCUAGCUCUUGAGAUGGAAGAGCAGAAGUUGUCUGGACCUCACCGCCUGUGCACACAAUCAUGGAUGGUUCUGAAGAGUUGACUUUAGCAACAGAUUUCCAAAGAAGGCUGCCCGCCUAGUAGUCCCACAGUUGCCCUUUCCAGGUGAUUUGAGUCAGCCCAUCAGAAGCUGCACAUCCAAGGCCAGAAGUCUCAUUUUGGACUUCGGGGGAGGGUGGUUUUAUUUGGCUUGGAAGGGGAGCACAAAAACCUGUAUCCUCUUUCCAAGAGCAGAGUGAGGAAAUUUCCAUCUGAGAGAAUUGAGGGGAAAUACAUAUACAUGUGCAACUAAAUUUGGACCAAUAUGGUUGACAAAUAUAAAUUGUUAAGAAAGAUCUUAUAAUGCAAUGACAGGUUCUUUAUUAGACUUUUCUGAAAUACUGUCCCUUUCCUGCUCUGGACAAGAAUUGAGCAGCUUGUCCAAUGCCUGGGAAAGGAAGACCUGCAGCCAUCUGACCUGGUCUCUGUUAAUGAUGCCUCUUCCUCUAAACCCCUUUAAGGACUGGGAGAGGCAGAGAAGCCCCAGAGCCCAGGCUCAGAGGUCAUUAAGAUGUUAAAGUUUGUGCUGAAAAUUCCUGAUGAUUUAAUCAGUGAAGUGAUUUCUAGUGAAUUAAAUAAAAAGCAUUUUGUUGAAAAUUCA